AGGAACACCACCAGCACAACAAACCAUUGUAAUGGCAGAUCAGACUCCAGAACAGAAGGUACAAGACGAAGCUGCCCGUCAGAGGGAACAAGAAGAACAAGCUGCAUUGCCUUACCAAUGGCGACAAACACUGGCGGAUGUGGAUGUCGAUGUUCCUAUACCCAAGGGAACGAGAGGGAAGUUUGUCAAUGUCGUGAUUCGAAAACAGAGGAUCAGUGUUGGGCUAAAAGGGCAAGAAUCAAUCAUGGAGGGCUCCCUCCCCCACGAAAUCAAACUCGAAGAGUCAACCUGGACAAUCGAAGACCAAUGCCUCCUCACCCUCCACCUUGAAAAGGUCAACAAAGCCCAAUGGUGGCCACACGUCCUUACCCACCAUCCCGCAAUCAAUGUCCAGGCCCUCGCACCGGAGAACUCGAAGUUGAGUGAUUUGGAUGGGGAGACAAGGGCGAUGGUUGAGAAGAUGAUGUUUGAACAGAGGCAGAAGCAGGGGGAGGAGGCGAAGAAGAGGGAGGUAUUGGAGAGGUUUAAGAGGGAGCAUCCGGAGAUGGAUUUUAGUCAGGUAGAGAUGGAAUAGGAGGAAU